AAAGUACCCUUCUCUUAAAACGCAAACACUCCCCUCUUCUCCUCUUCAAGUUUAAAUCUCCUUCCUUCCUCUCAUCAUCCCCAUCACUCUAUCCCCCCAUCUCCUUCAUUUCCUUUCUCUGUUGCAAGGAUCUGUGAAGGAGAAAGAAAAAAACAAAACAAAACAAAACCCACUUGGAAUUCUCCCGGUUUCUGAGUAGUUUCCCUUUGUAUUUUGUGUUCAGCCCGCAGAUUUAGCCCAUUGUUCUAUCCAGGUUUCUUAUUCGACUGUAUCUUAGCAGCCCAUUUCGUAAUUUCAUCUUUUCUCCAACGAACCCACUUCGAAUUUUCUUAACUUCAUGUGUUUAGAAUCAGCCACUGCAAUUCUGUGCAGUUUUCCAUACUGCUUGCCACUGAAAGUUGCUCCUUUUUCAUAUCCUACUACCACGUCUCCUUCUUGACACAUGAGCUAAUAUCCUUUUCAUUUCAAUCUCCUCUCCGCAGCCGACGCGGUGAUUCUCCACCACCCAUCUUCUUUCUUUUUUUUUUUCCUUUCCAUGGUGAUCAGAGAGAUGGAGAGUGCUGCAGAUUGGGAGCUGAAGCAAGUGAUCAACGAGCUAAUGCAAGGGCAAGAUCAUGCCAAGCAGCUCCAGAUCAAUCUGGACCCUUCUUCUCCCCCAGGAGUGCGUGAAUUAUUAAUACAAAACAUCAUAGCUUCUUACGGCAAAGCUCUUUCCCUGCUAAAAUCAAACCAGUUGGUGAGAGAGCUGCAUUCGGUGGUUCCUACCAUCAGAAUGGAAUCUCCACGGUCCAUCAGUGGGAGCCCAAGGAGUGAGAACUCGAAUAGGGCUUUCAAGUAUCAGGAUCCGAGGGACAUCUCAAAGAAGAGAAAGACGUUACCAAAAUGGACGGAGCAAGUGCGGGUUUCCACUGGGAUGGCGCUCGAAGGGCCCCUGGAUGAUGGCUAUAGCUGGAGGAAAUAUGGGCAGAAAGACAUCCUCGGAGCUAAAUAUCCUAGAGGCUAUUACAGAUGCACCCACCGUAACGUUUUAGGGUGUCAGGCGACCAAGCAAGUUCAGAGAUCAGAUGAAGAUCCGUCGAUCUUUGAUAUCUCAUACCGUGGGAAACACACAUGCCACCAACCAUCCCAUAUUAUUCAGCCGAUGAAAACACAAGAGCAGCAACAGCAACAAGAGCAAGAGAUAGUCAGCUUCCAAAAGGGUCUCAAAGUAAAAACAGAAAAUUUGGAUAGACGAGACCAGAAGAAUUCUUCUUCUUUUUCAUUCCCAUCCGCAUCGACCAACUACAUGAAGCCUGAAAAUGAAAUCUUUUCACCGUCUACGCUCGAUAAUAACUUCAUGAACAGUUUUUGUUCGCCGUUUAUAUCCCCGGCGACAUCUGAAUCAAACUACUUCUCGAUGUCGCCGUGCCAGAUGAAUAGCUGCGGCGGUGGGCCGAAUUUGCAGACGGCAGAAUCUGAUCCCCACGAAAUAAUCUCGGCCAUGACUUCAGCUUCGAAUUCUUCAUUGGUGGACUUGGAUUUCAGGCUCGAUUCUGUAGAUUUAGACCCGAAUUUCCCCUUGGACGCCUUCUUCACUUAGCUUACAAAACAGAUCGUUUCAUUAAAAGAAAAAGAAAAAAAAAAAAAAAAGAAAAAAGAAAAAGAAAAAGAAAAUGAGAAUUCCCAAAUUUACAGCAAGAUUACCGGAUUUGCCUGUUAACCCCCCAUCAUCCUGGCCUGUACAGUAAGUGGUCUGCACGCGCCCGUACAGUAGGGAUCCACGUAGGAAGAAGCCUCUUCAAACGCUGGCCAAGCGAAUUUUGCUUUAGAGAUAAGGUGUAAUAACUGUUUGGCUCUUUCCUUUUACUUUUCUUCGUAAUUGUAUUUUUUUUUCUCACGAAAAUAAAAUAGUUAAUCACUGAUCGUGGCUUCGCUUAAUUCUCA